CACAAAUUUGUACAUUUCUCCAUUAAUACCCUCAACACAAGAACUAAACCCAAGGGUCAAUUUUGUAACUUGGAUUCAAUCCUAAAAACCAUCCAACCAUACCCACGAGCGAAACGAGUAAGCAUUGGUCCGCUCCCUCUACACAACAAGAACAAAAUCAGAAACUGAAACCAAAAAAUUUGAAGAAAAAAAUGCAAUCGCUAUCGUUAAGUAGUACCAGGAGUUUAGCGGGAUUGCGGUUAAUGGGUCAAGAAACGAGGCUGAAGAGAAGGAGUAGCAAUUGUGUAAUUGUGGCAUGUGGUAAUAAUUCGGAUAAAGAGACUCCAACCUCGUUUCUGUCCCGGACCCAAACCUACGCUCUGUUGAAACAACAAAUGGAAGUAGCGGCAAAAUCAGAGGAUUAUAAGGAAGCUGCUAGGAUUCGUGACUCGCUUAGGUUGUUUGAAGAAGAAGAGCCUGUUUUGCGGUUGAAGAGGAUGAUCAAAGAAGCAAUUGCUGAUGAGAGAUUCCAGGAUGCAGCUAGUUAUCGUGAUGAGCUAAAAAGAAUUGCUCCACACUCUCUUUUAAAAUGUUCCAGUGAUGCUACAACAUUGGGAGUUAGGGUUCAAGUCAGGAGUGUAUAUAUAGAAGGCAGAAGUCAGCCUUCAAAGGGGCUAUAUUUUUUUGCAUAUAGAAUCAGAAUUACCAAUAACUCAGAUGACACCGUUCAACUUCUUAGAAGGCAUUGGAUUAUAACCGACGCUAAUGGGAAAUCAGAAAAUGUAUGGGGCAUUGGUGUUGUUGGUGAACAGCCAGUACUUCUUCCCAAGACUAGUUUUGAGUACUCUUCUGCAUGCCCAUUAAGCACAUCAAAUGGUAGAAUGGAAGGUGAAUAUGAGAUGAUCCAUGUUGAUAGAGUAGGCUCGCGUUCAUUUAAUGCGGUCAUUGCCCCGUUUUCCCUUGCUUUGCUAGGCGAUGAUGACUGCAAUACUAUUUAAGAUUGAACUGCAGCAUCACCUUCAGAGAUGUCCAUUUACUAGCUUCUAGAGUAUGGGAAGGAAGGAUUAUUGUUCUCACAACCAAUCGGAGAAUAAAUUUUCCGGAUGCAUGUGUCUUGUUGAAUGGAAGUAUGAAAAACUCAAGAAAGAAAUCAAUAUUUAUACAUAGUAUAGAUCAUAGACUGUUGAAAUUAUGUUCUGUUUCCAACUCCUACAUACCCAAAAGAGGAAAAAUAGAAAAUUGAAUCAAUUGAUGGUGAUUAUAGCUUAGUUCAACCAUGAAGAAGUAGAUGUUGGGUUGUAGUAGUUUUUAAUGAUUCUAUGUGCUUACCUAACCAUAAGCACGUAGCAUUUGAAUAUAAGCAGUGUUAUUAAGCAUGAUAAAGUAAUUUUGAAGUUUUACAUUGGUUAAAAAUGAGCCAAGUCUAUAUAACAAGAGAGAACAUAUUCAUAUAUUUAAAAGUAUCUUAUAACAUGUUUGAAGUUGUGUUUAUUUUGACAGGACUAAGAGUGUAUAUAUAUAUAGGAUUGUACUGUAGGAUGAUCACAUUAGGUCCCAGAGCUGCUUCAUUCAAGCCAUUUAUUCAUCAUCAUUAUCUUCCAUUUAUUCAAAUAUUCAUAUAAGAAUAAGCAAGAGAAAAGAGCAUGGAGAAAUUGAGAUAAUCAUUUUAUCUUUAUUCUCUCUUUUUCUUUUUGCCCUGUCACCCCUUUCUCUCCCAACAAUAACACUUUAUUUUCUUUGUCACCAAGUCAUGACUCAUGCAUUGAAGCAAAACGAUUCGUAUUUCUUGGAAUACAUGAAGCAUCUUUACUCCAACCAUUCCAAUACAAAACCCAAACACAAUUCUUCCUUGUCCAGUCCUUUUCCUCUCUCUUUCUCUCUGUCCAAUUUCUUAAAAUAAACUAAUACUAUUAACCCAAGAAAAGUUCACAAAAACAUGCAUGUCUUUUGUGUUGAGUUAAGACUAAUUUAAUAUUUGCAUGGGAUUUAGAGCAAGAUUUUUGUUGGAUAACAAGAAAAGCAACACAAGAAGCUUAUGCUCCACGCACACCAUCUUUUUCUUUCCUAUAUACAAAGCAAAAGCAUUUCUUCUCUUCUCUCUCUCUCACCUCCACUACCUGUGUUGCUUUAUACUUUGCAACUUUCAACCUUUUCUUUG